CACUUUCGUUUUGUCCAAACUGCAGUUUCGCUCCUCCGUCACCAUCCUCCAAUGGACAAGUUCCUCGUCCCGGCGGAACCUUCAGCUCGCGCUUCGAAGAACACUCUCAAAUGGCGCCCCUGGAAGAGGAGCGCCGUCGAAUUGAACGGCAGGUUCGAGCCCAAGUACCGCCACUACCUGUCCAGUCUACUGGUGCAGUCGUUUUCUGAGGUCGGGGCGUUUCCGCAUCGGUAUCGCGUUGAUGGAGCUCCGUGCGCGACUAACUAUCUGAGUCAGAUCGAAUACGGCUCAUUUAUGUGUCCUCGGCAAGGCAUCUCUUGUCUGGAAUUCGACAAUAAGGGUUACUACUUGGCAUCUGUAACAAAAUCAGGCUGCCUAACAAUUAAUGAUUUUGAAACCCUUUACUGUCAGAGUAAUCAACCAUGUUCGACAGAGGUUGAAGCCAAACACGUGAUGCAUAUUUCCUCACCAGAACAAUUUGAUGUUGUUCGUUGGAAUGUUGCUUACCAAAACGAGGUUGUUUGUUCAUCUUUGAAGAGUAAUGAAAUAUCUUUGUUUGAUAUUGGCUAUGUUUCCUCCGAGCCAGUUGAAAUGUUAAGAACAAGGCAGUCUGUCAACGCUCGUGGGUGCGGAGUACUGAAAGGUUUCUCUGACAUUGCUUUCUCUCCUACAGAUGCCACAAGGCUAUUUGCUUCCAAUACACAUGGUGCAAUUAAUUUAUGGGAUAGAAGAGUGGGUCCCCUUCCAUAUCUGGAGCUCACUACUGGUUCACAUGAUUCACUUAACAGUCUCCAAUUAAACAUUGAAAAUCAGAUCAUCUACGGGGCUGGAAAGCAUGGCAAGAUUUAUGUGUGGGAUCUUCGUGGAGGAACGACAGCUGGUGUUUUUCAAAAUCCUAGAGAGGUGCAAAAUUCUCCUCUUAAGUCAUUCAAGGUGGCUGCAAUGCUGGACAAAAUCGAGACUUUAAAGGAACAAUCAGACGUUGUUACCAGGGAAGUACAUUCGAUUGAUCUUGAUCCUUCUUGCCCAUAUCAAUUGGGAUUUCAUCUUGACGAUGGCUGGUCUGGAGUUUUGGAUCUCCACAAUCACUGUGUGACUCAUAUUCACUGCCCUCCCCCAGCAUGGCUGAGGGGCGCUGAUCUGUCAAGCAAUUUAUUCUACUUGAGGAAACCAGCAUGGCUUCCAACAUAUUCAGUCUAUGUGGUUCCUUCGGUUCCUGAAAAUGGAAUUCAUCUUCUGGAUUUCUUUCCAGAUGUCAGUUCCCCCAGUCAUGUGGACUACUUUGGAGAUACAGGCGAGUCUGCUGAAGUCAGUAACCAAACUAGGCGAAAUAGGUCUAUUCCUCUGUCGGAAGGUGUCACGGCAUGCACUGCUCAUCCGGUCAAUGGCAGCAUAAUUGCUGGAACAGAGCUUGCUUCAUUGCUGGUGAUAUCUCAAAAACACAAGAGGCUCUCCGGUGAGUAACCGUUUGCUGAAGCCACUAGGGAGAUGGGCUCCGUGAUCCAGUGGCGGCUCAAGAAACAAAACCUGCAUUAUACUCUCACAUCGUGACCCUACAAAACAGAGAAUCAAGCGGCUCCGAGGCCCCUGCUGAAGAGGAGAAGGCUGCAAUAGGAUUUGACUUUCUUGGUACAUACUGAAGAAACGGAAAGCACACACAAGUGAUGAGCAUUAUAGAAUAAGCAGUAAUUAGGUACAACUGUAAAAAUGUCAAGACUCCGGGAGUCAGUUUCUUUGUUGGCCUUUGUGAUAACUCCUUUAUGUAAUUUGCCAUACUGCGCAGUCAGCUUGAAUAGUGGACUCAGGGUCAUUGGAAUUA